UAUACUCUCCCCCACCCCAUCUCAUCCAAGCUUCCUUCCUGGGGGGGCCUGGAUGUGGAGGCGGAAGCUAUGGUCCUGCACCCUCCGCCGCCUAGGGCUCCGGCCACCACCCGGGGCUCGGGGCUGCCCGGAGUCCUGGGUCUUCCUCCACCACCACAGCCUACGCACGGACUCCCGCCUCUGCUUCUCGCACCUCCGCCACUGCUCCUGCUCCUGCUGCUUCUCCUCCUUCUGAGCACGCCAGGGGCUCCAUGCCCCUUCCAAUGCUACUGUUUUGGAAGCCGGGAGACGAUAAGCUGCAGCCACGUUGUCCUCCAAGAACUGCCCCACGACCUACCCACCAACGUGCACAACCUCAGCAUCGUGGGCUCCAACCUGACUGUCCUGCACUCCGCUGCCUUCGCCGGAGAGGAGCUGCCCACAGCAGAGGGCAAUAGCAGCAACAACAGCAGCGGGGGCUGGGCAGUACGCCUGGCCAAUCUCACAUCCUUACGGCUCAAUCAAGACAACAUCCAAGUGGUGGAGGACGGAGCCUUCUGGGGUCUGCCCCACCUGGCCUCCCUGGACCUCAGUCAUAACCCAUUGGGCACCCUGGGUGCCUCUGCCUUCCAUCCGCUGCCGGCCCUGAGUGUCCUCAGGCUCAAUGCCGCUGUGCAAGGGUUGGGUAAUCAGCUGGACGCCGCCCUCCAUGGCCUGGCCACCCUGCGCCGCCUCGAGCUGCAAGCCAAUGAGCUGACCCACCUGCCACCCUCUGCCCUGGAGUUAGCUCAACUAGAGCUGCUGGACGUGCAAAGCAACGCGCUGACCGGACUGGCGCCGGCUGAACUACGCGCACUGGGCGGGGAGACCCAGGGGACCCCGACGACCCCAACAGCCCCGGGACCUAGAAGGCUGCGCGUGUGCCUAGCAAAAAACCCGCUGCUCUGUGACUGCGGGGCCCGCGCGCUUCUGACCCUGCUCUACAAGACCCCCAGGCAGGUGCCGGAUGCGCGCAGUCUGCGCUGCGCCGCACCCCAGGCGCUCCAAGGUGUCUCUUUACUGGCCUUGAACGAAUCAACGCUAACCUGUGCCCAGGGUCCCCAAGGGAAGGACGAGGUGAAUGAGGAAGGGAAAGGAAAGGGAAAAGAGGAGGCGGAGAUGGAAGGGAACGAGGAAGAGGGAACAGAGGGAAGGGGUGAGAAAGGGGAGACGGGCACUGGGGAGGAAUUGGAGGCGUCCUACGUCUUCUUCGGCAUCGUUCUGGCUCUCAUUGGAGUAGUCUUCCUUAUGGUCCUCUACCUGAACCGGCGGGGCAUCAAGCGCUGGACGCGCAACCUGCGCGAGGCGUGCCGGGACCAGAUGGAAGGCUACCACUACCGCUAUGAACAGGACGCGGAUCCCCGCAGGUCUGGUACCGCCAGCUCGUCCGGCACCCUCUGAGCACGACGCUCUCGGUCAGGCAAACUGGACUGCUAGGGAGAAGAGGGGAACUUAGCCCCCCUCCCAACCUAACCUUUGGCUCUUCGGCCCUUCCCAUUUUAAGCAUUUAGUCUCCAACCUUCCUCGUCCCCUUUCCCUCUCUCCCUUUCCCCCUUCCCCCCUUCCCCCGGCAACUGAUCCUUGGCUCUUAACCCUCCUGUUAAAAUGUAAGCACUUUGCUCUACCUUGUAAACCUGUUAUUUAGUCCCCGCCUAUUUCUAGACUCUUAGUUCCUCCCCCAGACGCUUGGGCCCUUUCUCAAGUUUUAGGCACUUAAUAUUCCCCCUUAUUACUCCCCUCUACAUUAUUUCCCCUCCCCCCCCCCAGGCCUGGGGAAAUGAGGACUCAGCCUCUAAUACAUAAAGCUCUUCCUCCUCUUCUAUACUUUCUCCCUUCCUUCUCUUCUUUCUCAUCUUCGUCUUUGUA